AUGGAAAAGGGUGUCUCUCGCAGAGGCAAGCGUUUAGAUGUGCUACUAGGCAUCCUUUCGGUGCUGCUAGCGGGGGGUUUCUGCUUUUGGAUGCUCAUAGAUGGAUCUUCCGGGCUGUCUCAUAUACUUGACGUUGAUAGAGGCGUUGGAAGCAAGCAGGAACUUAACAGGGUGCCCUCUUCGAAGUUCAAGUUGAAACAGCUGUACAGACAUGGGGUGGGAAAUAAGUGCGAGUGGCUACAGAAGCUGGAUGUUGAUGCUGAGUUUUUAGAGCGAGCUGGCCUCCUCUACCGGCGUCAGAUGAAGAUUAAUGAGAGAACAAGCGACGAACCCUUGUGGACCGCAGACCGCAGAUUUCUCACGGAUAACCCCUUUUCCUAUGAGUUCGAGAUCAGGAGCGACCUCCUGCAGAUGAAAAGGAUGUCCGACCGCAGUCCUGACUUCCUGGAAGGCUAUCUGGAUUUUGCGAUGGAUUCGCCGUCACUAGCUGCGAAAGUUGCCAUCGAUUGGAUCGAUGAUGAAGUUGUUGUACCAAACGUUACCGAUAAAGACACAAUUAUAUCGCUAGCGUUGAUGUCGUCGAACGCUUACGUCAAGAUUCCGCACACCGGCGACUGGCGGAAUAUCUCCUCGCCCUGGAACAAGUCGCAGUCUGACGGUUUUGGCUGGGACGAUGAUGGGCUGCGGGGCCACGUAUUUGUCAAUGAGGAGGCUAACAUCGUUAUUCUGUCAUUCAAGGGAACAAGCGCGCAAGGUCUGCCAGGGUAUGGAGUCGAUGAGACGACGGCCAACGAUAAAAUCAACGAUAACCUAUUAUUUUCUUGCUGCUGUGCGAGAGUGAGCUAUCUAUGGACCACUGUGUGUGAUUGCUACACCAAAUCUUACACCUGUGACGAAGCUUGCUUGGAGAAGGAACUGAGGAAGAAGGACUACUAUUACGCAGCUACGAUGAACAUGUACAAGCAAGUUUAUAAGGAAUACCCGAACGCUACCAUUUGGACAACAGGUCACUCACUUGGCGGUGCGCUGGCAGCCCUGCUUGGUCGCACGUACGGCUUACCUGCGGUCGCUUUCGAAGCGCCCGGUGAGCUUCUAGCUGCGAAACGAUUACAUUUACCCUUUCCGCCAGGACUGCCAUCCUAUUUGGAAGGAAUAUGGCAUAUCGGUCAUACUGCAGAUCCAAUCUACAUGGGAACUUGCAAUGGAGCAAGUUCUACUUGCUCCAUUGCCGGAUAUGCUAUGGAAACUUCUUGCCAUAGCGGUCGGGUAUGCGUUUAUGAUGUCGUCAACGACAAAGGGUGGCAUGUGAACAUGCUCAACCAUCGGAUUCACACUGUCAUCGACGGUAUUCUGAACGAGUACGAAGAAGUGGCCCAAUGCAUCGAACCAGAGCCUUGCGUAGAUUGCUACAAUUGGCAAUAUGUCCCAGGGAGAGGAGCUCGGCCCGGCACCACAAUGGUCUCCAAGACGACCUCCAGUAAAACUGCCAGUCAGACUGCCAAACCGACAUCGUCCUGUCUGGAGCGCAACUGGUUCGGCGUCUGCACAAGAUACGGCUAG